GGGAGGAGGGGAGAGACAGAGAGAGAGACAGAGAGAGAGGAAAAGAAAAGAAAAUGUCCGUGAACAUGGAUGAGCUGAAGCACCAAGUGAUGAUCAAUCAGUUCGUCCUGACCGCGGGCUGUGCGGCCGAUCAGGCCAAGCAACUGCUCCAGGCCGCACACUGGCAGUUUGAGACGGCUCUGAGCGCUUUUUUCCAAGAAGCCAAUGUCCCCUACAACCAUCACCAUCAGAUGAUGUGCACUCCGGCUAACACUCCUGCAACGCCUCCAAAUUUUCCCGACGCACUUACGAUGUUCUCAAGGCUGAAAGCUUCAGAAAGCUUCAACUCCAGCAGCCCCAUUGCCUCGAUGGCAACGUCCCCUCCUCCUGUAAACUUCAACACAGGCUGGCCCAUGUCUCCUCCUAACCAACAGGGCAUGUGGACUCCAGCCACACCAACUCCACACACAGGCUGGCCAGCAGCCGUGACCCAACAAGCCACCUCAGAACAGAAGGUCAAUGUUGCCAUGGAGGCUGAGAGAUGAGAUUCAGUUCAAGGCUUUGUAGAUGAAGCGGGAAAAAUCUUGCAUGGGUCAAUAUGAAAUAGUGUCUGUUGUAUUGUACCGCAGCUAAUCAGAACUGAAGGAAUACAAUAGUGGAGAUUCAACUUGAUAGCAGGAGAAUUAUGGGUCCAGCAAUUUUCGAAGAGAGAAGCCUCUUAUCUGGAGUUUGCAUGUGUGUGACGCAAUUAGACUUUCAAGGCCAUCGACCUGACUUCAAAACGGAAUUGUUUAACGUUGAGAAACUUGUAUUUUGAUUGUUGACCCUUCAAAAUGGAACCCCUCAGUGAUUAGCUGCUAUAUAUGAGAGACCACCUUGAAGAUCACUCAUGGUUUUUAAAGAUCACUCUGUUACUUUUUUGUAGUGAAAACGUGGCAGUUGUCUAAUGACAUUACAGGGUGGGAGUCUACAGAGUUGGAAGCAAUGGACGAUUUAAAAAAAAACUUUAAUACAGGGAUUGCAAAUUAGGUUUUUGAAUCAUUGUUUAUCUUUGUAUUUGGUUUGUGAAUGAGUUUUUUUUGUUUGUUUUGGGGGUGGGAGAGCUAGACUAGCAGUCAUUAGUAGAGGACUGGCUGCAGAUGGACUACUACAGUGAGGUUUUAAUGUUUUAUAAAAAAUAAAAAUCAAUUUUAAAAAAAGUGCCAUUGCAUGAUACUGUACAUUAAAAUGUAAACCUUGAAAGAAUUAAAAAAGUCACAAAAAACAAAAAAUCAAGAUGUGUUUUGCUACUCUUAACAACCGUGUGAUAGAAUUUAAAUUCACUUUAGUAAAUGUUGCAAUGCAUCACAGGUUUGUCUUUUUGUCAAACUUGUAGCAUAUAAUUUUUUGUACUAUGUUAUGCACAUACAGGGAGUACCAAGUGUUUCUAGAAAUGGUUUAUCUUUGUUCUUUUUUUCCUCCCCCAUUAACUUGUUUUCUUCUGUCCAUGACCCUACUUCCAGAAUGUCUUCUGUCAAAGAAACCUAAGUUGAUGAAACAAAUCUUUCUUUGCACAAGUUGUUUCCUUUACAUAUAAACAAAAAUGUCAUGCUUCUUAUGGGACUGCUUGUUCUGAGUAGAUUGGUAUUUUUUUUAAUACUGUUCCACAAUAUUUGUGGAGUACCUGAUGAAUAAUUAACUUAUCUUUUUUGUGUUGCUAAAUAAAUAUUGUAUGUACUAAUGGUACUCUUCCUGUACUGAUCUUAUAUUUAACCUUAGCAGAUGGUAGAUAUGCCAUCAGUAAAAAAAAAUUCUGAAGCACAAUAAAAUAUGAAUUGAAA